AUGGGGCAGAGUUCCAGCCAAGCUCAUCCCCCACAGCAGCAGAUUGAACUCGCGGGGACGCCGACACCUGAUCUGAGCACUGUUGAUGCUGACGACGACGCGCUAUCCCAGCCCGCAGCGGUAGAACUACAGCCUCCGAAAGUCACCAAGACAGCACCCGCAAAAAUACGACCGAAAACGACCAGGAAGCGCACCAGUGACAACACACAGCGACGACUGCGCAGUCCGCAACUUGCUCAGAUCGAGGCGUCGGCGGAAAUGAGUGAAGAGGAGCUACAACCUCCACGCAAGAAGCGAAAAUCACUUCCCAAAGCAGCUCGCAUUGACGACGAAGCGCAGCAGGUAAAACAGGAACCUUUCAGUCCGUUGCGCAAAGCGAAACCGCGCGCGCAGGGACGCUCGCGUGCAGUCCCAUCGUCGCCGCCACAGGUUGUUAUCUCUACGAGCGAGGUUGAGGUAGCAACGCAGGCGCAAGCUCUCAAUGAUCCGGUUGGUGCGCUGCAGAGACGAUUGUCUGGAACGAAAGAACAAGCUUCGCGUGACGCGUCGAACAUUACGGCCGAAGGCCAAACCCCUCUGGCUCAGCUGCAACAGCCGAGCAGUGACUGGCUCUUUAAGACUGACGAACCUCUAGCGGAGGCCACUGCAUCACAAGAACCAGCUAUCGUUGUGGGCAUGAAGGAGCCGGUGAAAGACCACGGGGAGGUACAGCAACAGAACGAUACGCCGAUGCGACUCCAAGGUGACCCAAAUCCUGAGCAGGACAUCAUGGAGGAUACCAGAGGAGAUGAGAUGAAGACUUCGGACACGUGGCCAGCACAUCUGGUGCCGGAGCAGCACGAAAUCGCAGAACGAUGCCAACAGCGCACGCUUACUGUCGGCGAUUUGGAGAUGGAGCAGCUAUUCCAACACCCAAUGAACAGAUGGGAGCACCACGAAAACUCUCGGAAAGCGGCCCGCAAUGUCUUGAGAGGACACAUCGUGAAUUGGGACCUGGAGCGCUGCGUGUACAAAGGACUGGCCAAGUAUGUCGAGGACGAAAAUGGCGAGGUUACUAUUGUCUAUGCUGCGAAGGGCGAAAGGUUUCCAACACCGCACCACUCUAAAGCCGCGAAACGCGAGGCAAAGGCCACGAAAAGGUUUUUGCGAAGCACUCGGGAAGCUCUUCACGCCUCCCUGGUCAUGAGUGAGCUUGAGGCUGAGAAGUUCGCCAACGAGCCCGCUCUUGAUGAUACUGCAUCCGACCAGGGCCUCGAAUCGGCCGAGGCAUUCGAUACAGCGCAGUUGACCAAUUCUAGCGGCGGCGCAGAAGCAGAUGUCAUUGAUGAAGCUACCAGGGAGGACGUGGAACUAGUUGAACCAGCCGAGCUGAGGUAUACCGAGCACGACGAGAACGAGGGAGUUAUUAUUGAGGAGCAAGCAAAUGAUGAAACGCUUGAUAUUCACGAACGGAAAGAGGCUCUCCGGGAGGGCCAGGUUGAGCCCGAGAUUGAGACGAUGGCAGAUAACGCAAGACUGGAGGCAGAAAAAGGCCCUGACGAAGCAGAGGAAGGGGAAGGGGAAGGGGAAUCGCAAGAGCAGGAAGUCGCACCAGGACAUAUACAGAACCGAGAGCUCGACGCAGAAGCAGAGCCAACACUUGAGGCGCCCGUUCGUGCGCAACGCCGCCGCGUGGAGAUAGUCGGGGAAGAGUCUGACCUCGAGGUUGAUGAAGAAAAGGUUGACGCUACUGGAGAGCAAGACGAGGCUAUGAAGGAAGCCGAAACGAGAGAUCGAGGACCACCAGCAAUUGGGGAAGAAGUGGAAGGAGAGAAUGCUCAUUGCGAGACGACAGCGAAGCGACGGCCCAAGUCUCGAACUGUCAAGCCGCAAAGUCGGAAGGAGAAUAAUGCAGAUCCACUCAUGAAACGACAGAAAAAGGUCAAACAGGUGUCUACCUCCAGGCCUGCACCUGCACCUGCACCUGCAAUGACGAGUGAGGAACAAUCAACACCAGCAGCACAUGCCCCCAUCCCUACACCCCCACAAUCUCAAAAUACGCAACAAGGCCACACCGGAGCUCCACAUCCUACGAUGGCACAAGUGAAGGACUGGCUUGUAAGUCAAUAUGAAGAGCCACCGCUCCCACCAGACGAGCUGGCCGCCAAGCCUGCCAAGACCGUCGCCCGAAAGCGAAAACCAAAAUCUUCAGAUGACGACGCAGAAUUCAAUCUGCCAGAAAGCGAAGCAGCACCAGAAGGCGAUCACGACGUUGCGGCCACAUCAGCUCCACCCAAGACCAAGAAGAAGAGAGCCAAGAAGACAGAUCACACUGCGAAGACUGAUAUGUCUGAGAAUAUUGAGGAUGUGUCUCGGCCUUCCAAGGCCAAAAAACGGAAGUUGAACGAAGCUCAGUCUGCCGAGCCCAAACGCCGGGUGACUAUGAGCGGACCCUACACGCACGAAGAACAGGAAACGGCCGACAAUAUCUUCAUGAGGGUGCUGGAUCGGGAAGGUCUACAUGAAGCUGACCUCAUUGCACAAAUCAAGAAUUGGAAGACAUGCUGUGUCAGCUUCAAGACAGCCAUGUUCGACGCAUUCUCGGAUCGCACAGUGGACUCUGUUCGCAAGUUCUGUCAGCGUCGAUGGCACGGUCAACAACGUGGUCCAUGGACGCAGGAAGAAGACGAUGCACUGCGAGCUGCGCACGCAAGUCAGCCCGGAAAGUGGACUGUGAUCAGUGAUUCCGUUGGCAGGUCUGCUCAGGACUGCAAGGAUCGCUGGCGAAACCACCUUGAGUUCGGCCCCAAGACGGUGGGCCCGUGGACUGUGGAGGAGGAAGAGAAGCUCAUGGCGGCAGUGGAAGAGUGCAUUGACAUCAUCAAGAAGGAGAAAAGCGACGACCUUGGGCUCAUUCAAGACCCCGAGCGCCUGGCAACAUUGGUCAAUUGGGGCGUGGUGUCCCAAAAAUUCCAUGGACAACGGUAUCCGGCGCGUUGUCGCGAGAAGUAUGCCAACAUGAUUGCGCUUGGCAGAAAUAGGACUCACAAGCGCAAAAGCGGGACUAGCAGUUUGGAAAAUCGAGGCGAUGAAGAUCCACGCCAUAUCCUCAGCGCCAGACGUAUCGUGGACGGGUUCGAGAUUGGAGACUACUACGAUGUGUUCGUCGAGAUACAUUCUUCAUUCGAUGAUCCUCACCAGCACUUUCGCGACGACAAGCAUAUGAUGUGGUCUAUUGUGUCGACGAAAAACCUGCACAGCCGCUUUGCUCUCUACUCGAAACCCAGCUGCUUGCGACGUGUCGCCUUGGAGCGAGCCAUUGCGACGUGGCCAGCCAAUAAUGCCAAGAUCAGGAAGAGACUCGCAAGGGUUGACACCAUGCCUGCGAAAGCUUUAGUCCUAGCAGAGUGGGUCGAGAAGACCAAUGCCGGACGACUUGAUAGUAUGACAAGAACCUACCGGCCGGAGCUGAUCGGCAAGAGCAAGGAAGAGCUGAGUGAAAUGAAGCAAGCUCGCAAGAAGGAGUACUUACAGAGGCGCAAGAAGUAUGAUAAGUCAGAAGCCUAUGUGCAUGAUUCCGAAGACGAUGAAGUCGAUGGAAACGAUGAAAACGAUCCGAUAGACUCCCAUGAGGCUCACGUCCCAUCUGCGGUGCUCAACGAGGGCGAAGACGAGACACCCAGCGAGGAUAGCAACGAGGAGGAUGAAGAUGAGGCGUUGACUGCGAACAAGGAAAGUGGCGACAACGAAGAAGAAGAAGAAGACGAUGGAUUCUCCGAGGUCACGCAGGAAGUUCCAGCUUCGCAGUUCUUACCUUCGCAAACUCUACCUCAGGACGAUGACAUUAGAAUGGCCGAUGUUGAAAGUUUGCAAGGCACGCCCAAUAUCAGCCCAUCGGGCUUUGUCAACAGACUGAAGUCUAGUGGGAGCAGUAGACGCAAGACGGUUGGCUACAGCAAGAAGAAUGCAUUCAAGGCAAAGCCACUCCGGCAAUCUGGCUUCUGA